AUGGCUUCUAUGCCUUACAAAGAUAUUACUUCUUCGCCUCCCAUCACGUUUGUUGUCGGUCCUGAUCAGAAAGAGCAUACGAUCCAUUCUGCCCUCGUCGCACGUCAGUCAGCGGCUUUGAACGCGCUCGUCAAUGGGGGCAUGAAAGAGUCCAUAGAACGGCACGUUGUAUGGAAUGACGUCGACGAAGAAGUUUUCACUCGUUUCAGCCAAUUUGUAUACACUGGAGACUACGACGAAGCAAUGCCUAGCAAACGCGAGAUAGAAGCAGUAACUCCCUGUCGAGUAACUCCUCGUCGAUUAAGAUUCGAUCAAAUAACAGGCGAGGAUGGCUUAAUCGUGAAACUAAUAGUCGAGCUACUGUCGCUAGACUCUCGAUUUUACCUAGCAUGA